GGGUAUUCACUCUUUGGACACGCGUGAGUUGGGUACAUGGGUACCUAGACAAUCAUCAACCGGAAACUCAGGGGCUAUCUCGAGUGAGGCACUCAUCGGGAAGACUCAUCGGGAAGACCAAUUCGAUCAACACAAACCACCGUAGACCUCGAAAGGCACGUUAUUGCCCCGUGCGCAUAACCACACAACCACAAUGCCCUUAGAUAUGGACCCGCCACUGCCCUUACAGGAGGCGUUGGACUUCAUCAAGCUCCCGUCGACGGGCGAAGCCCGGCGGUUCAUAGGGACGAGAGCCGCAUAUCUCCCAGGUUCCGACUUUAUGGUGGAUGGGGAGUCGCCCACCUUUCACAAGGCUGCGUUUGGCGGUCACGUAUACGCCCAGGCCGCGAUGGCGGCCGCUCGGGCGUGGAGGGAGGUGGAAGACGAAAAGGGGACGAAGCCGGCCGAGAGGCUAGAUCUUCACACAAUCCACGGCUACUUCACCCGCGCCGGCAUCCCGACCCGGCCCUUCCUCUACACCGUAACCCCCCUCACAGCCUCGCGCACCUUCAGCACCCUCUCCGUGACGGCCCACCAGCCCUCCCAACCCAGCACCAACCCGGCGGGCGACCACUUCCCGCUAUCCGAUGCAACCCUCCCGCUCUCCCCGCCCUGCUUCACCGCGCUCUGCUCCUUCAAGCUGCCCGAGCCCCACAGCCGCGGCGUCUCGGUCCAGGAACCGCCCCCGCAGCAGCGCUUCGCCGCGAUCCUCGCCGAGCGCCCGCCAGCGGCCUGGCCGCCUGCGCCGCCUGUUGAUAUCGCGGCUGUGGUGGAGCUGGUGGGGGAGCACCAGCCGGGGCGGUUUCCGGUUGCGGCUAUGCGGAAGGUGGAUAUGAGUGGGUAUAAUGCUGGCAGGCCGGUGCAUGAGCGGCGGGAGCUGUUGUUGUACAAGCUGUGGGAGCCAUUGCCGGGGAAGGGGAAGGGGGAAAGGGAUGGGGAUGCGAGCGCGCAUGUGGCGGCGCAUGCGUACGUGGCGGAUCGGAAUGGGUUGCUGGUGGCGGGGAACCAUGUCGGGUUUGGGCAUGCGUUUGGGCGGGCGGCGAGUUUGAGCUAUAGUUUUGUGGUGCAUGUGAAUGGGGAGGAGGCGGUCAUGCGCGAGGGGGAGGACCAGUGGUGGGUGCAGGAGAUGGGGUUCCCGCGCGCGGCGGCGGGGCGGGGGGUGGUGGAGAGCAAGAUCUGGAGUCCGAGUGGUGUGCAUGUUGCGACCGAGUAUCAGGAUGGGUUAAUGCAGGGGAUGGGGCUGGGGAAGUUGUAA